AUGUUGAAGAAAUUGUAAGAAACAGCAAAGGGAGCAUAUAAUUAAAGAUUUGGAAAUGAGAAAUAUUAAGAAAUGGAAGAAGAAAAGAAUAACAAAUAACUAGAUUCACCAUUCUCUUAAUUCAAUGCUACACUUUAAUUCAAUCAAGUAGAUAAUAAUAUAUGUAAUAAACUUAUAUUUAAAUAAGCAAUAAAUAAUAAUUAAGAAUAACAUAUAGAAUUAACAGAUAGAACAUAAAUUGAUUUUACUAAAGCACUUAUUCCAGAAGAACUUCAAUAAUAAAUGUAAGAAUAAGAAAUCUAACAGAUUGCUAUAGAAAAUAAUAAAAAGAAAUAUAAAAAACCUAAAUUAAAUGAUGAUAUUCCAGAAUUUUUAACAAAAAAAAUUUGUUUAAAUGAAAAUGGAGAAAACUACUUUGAAAUUGCAGCUAAAAAAGCAAAGGAAUAAAAUAGUACUAUGUUUUAAUUAAAGCAUUUUGUAUUAACCAAAGCUACAAGUGUAUAAUUAUCAGUCAAAGUAAUUUUUAUUAUAUAUAAAUAAAUAGAAAUCUCUAAAAAAACUAGAUGCUCAUGUUAAAAAAAAAAUAUUAGAAAAGAAAUAACAUAUUAAUCUAUGGAUAGCAGGAUAAUUGGAUACUAAAAUUGUAAAUUUAAUGAGCAAUAUGGAACCAAAAAUUACAGAAAGUGUUAAAAAAUCUGUACCCUUUGAUUUUAUGUAAGACUUCAUGCAUGAUUCAGCAAUUAAUUUAUGGAAAGAUUUCACUGAUCUAGUAAGAUUAGAAUUAAGAGCAAAAUUUGAUACUAAAAGGGUUGAAAUCAAGAAAAGAGAUGUUAAAGGUCCUAUAAAUUUAAUAAGAAAUUUUAUUUUAUAUUCUCUAUAUCCUGCAGAUCUAACAACUAAAGAUCAUAUGAAUAGAAUAUCAUUUAAGAUAUUUAAAUUAUCUCAAUUUAUACCAUAUAUGGGUAUAUAACCAUUAAUGUUUACUAUUAUUUUACUUUGUAUCCAAAAAGUAAAUUUAUUAUUUUAUAAAAAUAGGAAGAAUAUUAAUUAGUUAAUUACAUAGCAGAUUAUAAAUCCAUAUAAUUUUUAACAAAUGGAAUAAUUCCUUGUUUAAUUGCAUAUUUCCAUUAUUUUUUCUAUGAUUAAGGUCCAGGUUAAAGUCAUACUAUAUUUGUACUAAUUUUCACAUUUUUGGCUUAAUGUAUUAAUGUUUGGAUAGCAUUUUACUUAUUAAAACGAUCACAUUCUAAAGGAGAAGAUUUAAAAGCAGAAUUAACAAUAACUUAAGAAGAAAAAGGAGGAAGAUUAAAAUACUUUUUAAUGUAUGAUUUGAUUUGUUUAAUUAUAACUAUUAUUGCAUCAAGUAUUAUUUUAGAAUAUAUAUGUAGUUAUUGUUUAUUUAGAACAUACAAUUAAUGAUCCAAGAUAAUCAUUAGGAGAUUUAUUAUUUUUUGCAAGAACAGUCUAUGCAUUUUUUAGUUUCCCUUUCAUAAUCUUUAUAUUACCCUUUUUUGUAAAAUUAUUAACAAAUGCUAUUGCAACUGGUUAUGAUAAAUAUGGUAAUUGUAUAUAAGCUUUGAAUUCUAUUUAAAUGACUUACAGAGAAACAGCUUUAAACAGAAAAGAAGAUAUAGAUAUUGAAGAAAUUAUAGAUUAAGAUUAAGAUGAUUAAAAUAAAAAUGAUAAAAAAAAUAAAAAUAAAGAACUUAAUAAAACUGUUGGUUGA